AUGGCGCGACUCUCGUUCAUCACGCCGAUAUACCGAGAGGUCUGCGACCUUAUCAAAGUUCGAAAGGAGGCUCUGAAAGAAGAAUGGAUGGAAGAUUUUAUCAACGCUAAAGACAGUUUCGACAAAAAUGACGGGAACGAUCAGAAACUGGUCAAGCUCUUGGACUACACUCGAGGACGGAUGGUAAAAUACUAG